GCACAACAACAUCGGAAGCCAAAGCGAGUUGGAGUGUGGUGGAUCUGCGGGCGGCAUCAGUUGAUGCGUGAUUGCGGUGCAAACUGUAGAUAUAUAUGCUGUGACAUAUUUAUCAAUAUAUCGUGUCACUGGCGGACUGUGCUACAGUGCAUACCUAUGUGUCGGAGGUUUUCAAUAAUCGAGUAGCUGAGAGAUCAAAAUUAUGGUCUGUUUGUGAGGCUUGUCCAAAUCUAAAGUCAGUUUUUGCAUUUUGCAAAGUUUGAGGAAGUUUGUGAAGCAAAAUUGUGUCUUGAAAGAGCAGGUGCUAAGUUGAAAGUUUCAUCAUUUUUAGUUGUGUGAUCCUGACAUUGAUCACCUCACAUUGUAAUAAUCAUGGGGAACUCAUCCAGUGGUGGCGCAAAGGAGAAGGCAUCUCCAAGUCCCUUGAUGGAUAAGCGCACAGGUGCUGGCAACUGCUCAACAAUUGUCCCUGGGACUGUGACAACAUCAGCAUCAAUGAAGCUACCCAUGCCAGACAGAGAUACUCUGGAGGAAAAAUUCAACAAGGUUUUGGCCUCCAUGGACUUGCCGCCGGAUAAGGCCAAAGUGCUCCGUCAGUACGACUGUGCUCGGAAGUGGGAGAUGAUCUGCGACCAGGAGCGUGUAUCUGCCAAGCAGGCGCCGGCAUACUACCUGAACAAGCUGCGCACAUACCUCGACCCGAAGGCGUCGAGAAGUCACAGGAAACGGCGGCUGAUGGGAGACUCGACCUCGACUCAGGUUCUUCGCGACCUAGAGAUCUCUCUCCGCACCAACCACAUCGAGUGGGUCCAAGAGUUCCUGGAUAAACACAACGCCGGUCUGGAGGUGCUAAUUGACUACCUCUCGUUUCGCCUCAUGCUGAUGCGCCACGAGCAGCGGGUAGAUGAACAGCGUGCCGAGGAGGCCGACGAGGCGCCGCCGCGCUUCGAGCGAGCCAACUGGGCGCGCCAGAGCUACCUCGACCAGCUCGACUCGCACAAACUCAAAAACGCCUCGCGGCACAUCAGCAAGCUCAACAUGGGAGAGACCAAAGACGAUAUUCACGUGUGCAUUAUGUGUCUGCGUGCCAUUAUGAACAAUAAGUAUGGCUUCAACAUGGUCAUUGAACACCAGGAGGCCAUCAACAACAUCGCCCUCAGCCUCAACCACAAGAGCUUGAGGACGAAGGCCUUGGUGCUGGAACUGCUGGCGGCCAUCUGCCUGGUCAAAGGCGGGCACCAGAUCAUCCUGGGCGCAUUCUCCAACUUCAAGGAUGUGUGCGCCGAGGACUUCCGCUUCCAGACGCUGAUGAAGUACUUUGUGCAGUACGACAUCUUCCAGAUCGAGUUCAUGGUGGCCUGUAUGCAGUUCAUCAACAUCGUGGUGCACUCUGUGGAGGACAUGAACUUCCGCGUGCACCUGCAGUACGAGUUCUCGGUGCUCGGGCUGGACAGCUACCUGGAGAAGCUGCGAAACACUGAGAGCGAGGAACUGCAGGUGCAGAUCUCUGCCUACCUGGACAACAAGUUCGACGUGGCCGCCCUCAUGGAGGACUCGAUGACCAAGGUGGUGUACAUCGAGCGUGUGGACGAGCUGGAGUCUGAGCUGGCGCAGCUUCAGGAGGAGCUGCAGGAGGCCGAGGCGCAGGCGCUGCGGAAGCUGGCGGACGCCGAGCUGGCGGUGGAAGAGAUUCGGAGAGAGAGGGAUCAGCUGUACGAGCAGGCGCAGAAGUUCACGGAGGAGGUGACGACUCUGCGCCGCGCCGUCACGGAGAAGGAGGAGGAGUCACAGCGGCGCCAGUCGAUGCUGGAGAACAAGAUCCAGGAGCUGGAGACCCUCUCCAACUCCCUGCCUCGGUCCGGCGCGGCCGGCAGCGGAGGGGGAGGAGGGGGAGCUGGCACCGCCGGCGGCGCGGGCGGGGAGGCUGUGAAGCCAGCCGGACCGGCCGCUCCACCGCCGCCCCCGCCUCCUCCACCUCCCCCGCCUCCUCCUCCCCCGCCUCCCCCGCCCGCCCCGAGCCUGCCGGGCCGGGGCGGCCCGCCGCCGCCGCCCCCGCCGCCCGGACAGAAUCAGCUGCUGGGCGAUGGCUCGAUGACGAUUAAACGGAGACACCAGACCAAGUACAAGCUGCCGACGCUCAACUGGAUCGCGCUGAAACCCAACCAGGUGCGCGGUACUGUCUUCAACGACCUGGACGACGAGAAGCUAGCCAGUGUGAUCGACUUUACCGACUUUGAGGAGCACUUCAAGAUCGGCACCAGCAUCCUCCCGAACGGCUCUGUGGACACGGCCGACGGCCUGUCGACACUGGGCAGUCGGCGGGCCAAGAAACCCGAGAAGACCUCACUGCUGGAGCACACCAGGCUGAGGAAUAUCGCGAUCUCCCGCCGAAAGCUGGACCGUCCGGUGGAGGAGGUGGUGCGCGCCAUCAACCUGCUGAGCCUCAAGGAGCUGCCGCUGGAGAUGGUGGAGCUGCUACAGAGGAUGGUGCCCACCGAGGAGGAGACCAAGCUCUACAACAAGUACAUCGCCGACAAGAAGGACGUGUCGGCGCUCACCGACGAGGACCAGUACCUGAUUCAGCUCAGUCGCGUGGAGAGACUGGCCAACAAGCUGUCGGUCAUGGCCUACAUGGGCAACUUCUUCGAUAAUAUUCACCUUAUACAGCCGCAAAUCCACGCCGUGCUGGCCGCCUCCAACUCUGUGGCCAACUCCAAAAAGUUCCGCCGCCUGCUGGAAGUGAUCCUGGCGUUCGGUAACUACAUGAACAGUGCCAAGCGCGGCCCGGCCUACGGCUUCAAGCUGAGCUCGCUGGAUAACCUGACGGACACCAAGUCGACCGACAAGCGCCAGUGUCUGCUGCAUUACAUCGCCCAGACCGUGCGGGAUCGGGUCCCGGAGGCAGUCGGGUUCGAUACGGAGCUCACCUUCGUGGAGAAGGCCGCGCAGGUAUCCAUGGAAAACGUGCUAACCGAUGUCGCCGACCUGGAGAAGGGGAUGGAGGGCGCGCGGCGGGAGAACUUCGUCCGGCAGAACGUCAAGGAUGAGGCGAUGAAGAUCACGCUCCGAGACUUCCUGGCCAAUGCUGAGGAGAAACUGCGUCGGGUGCGUGCCGAGUGCACCUCCGCGCAGGAGGCGUUCGGCAGAGUGGUGGAGCAGUUCGGAGAGAGUGUGCGCACCAUCAACGCCACCACUUUCUUCGCCACCCUGAGCCGCUUCGUACGAGCCUACCAGAACGUGGAGAAGGAGAACGAGCAGCGUCGUAAGAUGGAGGCAGCGGCGGUGGCCGCGGCUGCAGCCAAGAGCGACAACAACAACGUGGCUAAUGUCACCAGGAGGAACAAAAUCAACGCCAAGAAACAACAGGCGGAGGUGCUGUCUGAGCUGGAGUCGCGGGUGCGCGGCGCCGGUGUGCGCGACAAGAAACUGCUCGGCCAGGAGGAGGUCUACCACGGCGCGCUCGAGGACAUCCUUCUCGGUCUGAAAAACGAGCCGUACCGGCGGGCCGAUGCCGUCCGCCGCAGUCAGCGUAAACGUACUGAGACGGCGCGGCUCUCCCGAGCCAUGGAUCCCAUGGACGUGUGAGAGGGGGCGCUGGGAGACAGAGCGCACCGCAGGGACGCAGUGGGAUCGAGUCGCCUUAACAACGCUCGGAUAGGGGAUGCUCUGUUCCAGUGAUGGAACGGGAUGAGCUGGGGGUCUGAGUGGUUGUGUGGUGCCUUCGGUGCUCUGCGUCUGUGUGCCGUUCGUCUCCAGUUGGGACCAAGGGGGUUGUCAAUCGCCUUCUCUCGUACCGGGAGGUACUUCAGGCUGUGAUACCUACUGUGUGGAGGCUGGCGGCGCCCAGAGUCGCCUCAUACCCGUCGUCUCCGCCUUACUGUGAAAUAUGCUGUAUUAGCGGGGAUGCGAGCCGCCCCCGUGUGUAAAGGUCGUUUAUGGGACGCCUCUGCCGAUGUGGCUCAAAGGACCACCGUCGACGCAAGUUACAAAUAGUUGCCGAUAUUGUUAAACUGCGAACGAAUGUACUGACGCCGCGGACCGAUGGUCCACCCGUGGUCCGAAGUGGACCAGCCGCGGUCCGCGAUCAUAUCUGUUGCCUGUGCCUUGACUUGGCGCCGUGGCGCUGCCGUUAUUUUAUACACCGCUACUACGUGCGAAUACACGACACACACGUAA